AUGGAGGAAGGCGAGGAGAGCCCCUCCGUGGCGCCCGCCGGCUGCGACGCCUGGCUGACUCAAAAGGGUUUGAGUCACGUUGCGCGCGGACUUGACUCUGAGGAACUGCACUUCUGGUGGAGUCUGCGGAGCUUUCUGCGGGAGCAGCUCGAACUCACUGUCGGCGGGCGUCCGCGUUCACUGGCCUCCGCUGUGGACGCGCCUUCGCUGCAAGACUCUUCUUCUUCGCGCCCGGCCUCUUCGCUGGCGCGCGCUGAGAAGCGCAGACGCUUUACCUGUCGGGGAGAAAAUCCCACGAGUCGAGACGCGAAAAAGGUCAAAUUUGGAGCGGCAGCUGCUGAGGAGGCUGCGGACAGCGCUAGCGACGCCGCCGCAGGAAGCUCAGUCGCAGAGGCCUCUCUUUCCCCCCUCGUUUCGACGCCUCUCCGCGCCGCCUCAGCAUGCCGCUGUCGAGAGGACAGCGGCGCGCGGGAAGGCGGCGAAAAGAAUCCCGGCGCGGAAGGGCGCGAGCCGCCGCCCGGACGUGAGGGACACGGAGAAGGCCGGGGCGGGGAUAAUAGCGCAGCGAAGAGUUCGGCGAGCGGCGCGUACCUUGUCGAGGGCGCCGACCUCUCGGGGGAGCGGCGCGUCUCCUGCCUCACGACGAACGACGCCUCCGCCCUGCAGCUCUCCUUCUCGCUCGCAUGCUCGCCGGCGGCCCCACCGCUGUACGGACACCCGGCGGCCAGCGUCUUUCUCCUCCUGCGAGAAGCGUUGCGCACGCGCGUCUCUUCAGACUUUUCGCUUUCUGUGGGCCGGCGCCGCGCGAGGAGACAGGAGGGGGGAGGCGGCGCAGCCGCCGGCGACCCCCCCGCCUCUGCAGGGAGGGCGAGUGAGGCACAGCGCGCGCGAAAAACGAUGAAGACUCUCUUCAAUCCGGUAGCGCACGAGGGGGCGGAGCGAAAAGGGUCGAGCGCAGGCGCCCACGCGAAAGAAGGAGACGACGAAGCCGGCGAGAGUCUCUCCCUGAGCAUGUUGAUUCUGGCGCACCACGUGCGUGCGCUGUCGCCACAGUGGAUCGCGGACUGGAUCGUCGCCUUCUGGCUCUCUCUCUUCCAGGCGGUUUUCGCCUUCCUGGCCGCCCGCCAGGUGUCUGUACACCAGGCCGCUGCGCGCGCCAUCGCAGAUCCGCUCCGCGAGUUUUUCUCCAUGGAUUUGACGUCUGCGCUCUCUUCGUCUCCCCCCCUAAAGGGCGAUGCGGAUGCCGCGCAGACAAAGAAAGAAGCGAGCGAGAAGAAAAGCGAAGACGGGGGAAAGGCGCAGGCGGAAGAGCUGGGCGAAAGCACGGCUCUCGCGGCGGAUUCAGAGAAAGCGUGA